UCUCGGGCUGAGUGGCUGUUCUUGGGGGGUCAAGUGUUUUCUUUUCUUUUUCGUCAACAUAAUUUCUCACUUUUACAAUGGAACCGCCGUCCGAAUUUCAGUCUUUUGGCCUUCCUCCCACUCUUUCCACCUACUGCAGGUGACCCUUCCCUGACCCUUCUCUUUCCAUUUGCCCAAUCCCAUUUUCCCGCACAGCUUUCCGUUCCUACUUUUCCAACAUGUCCGACUACGACGAUGACUACGACUACGACGACUACGAUGACUAUGAUGACUAUGAUGACUAUUGUGCCUACGAUGACGGGUAUGCCGACGAAGGGUACGAUUAUGGCGACUACGAUCACAAUGAAUACGACCAUCAUGGAGCCCAUGAUCAUGACGACCAUGAUGCUAGCGGUGAUGCAGUAGCGGAGGAGUUGACGACGGGUUUUGCCGUUAUUGAAGAGGUGGAAGAUCAUCAUGACCAGGGCAGCGCUUUCGAUGGAAGUGACCAUGAGGAACAUACCGGUUAUGCUGAGCUCGUUCAUUCGGAUGAUGGCCACCAAACUGAUGAUGACCAAGUUCCUUACUAUGGAGUGGUUUCUGGUGGCCCCAGCUAUGUUCAAGGCCACGAUAAUUAUUCUACAUCGCGCUCCCUAUCGUAAUACACUCCCUCUGCUCAUCGAGGCUCCGCGGGCUACCCACCAUUUGCAGCGAAUGGUAGAAUGGUUGAUCCCCAAAGCCACGGCGGGUCCUACAGCCAACACCCUUCAUCAAGAAGCAGCAGCUAUCAAUACAAUGGCAACCACCAUGGGUCUGGCAGAUGGAAGCACGGAGAACAUUAUCAACAACAUCACAGUGCCGAAUAUCACGAUCGUGUGACGAAACCGGCUUAUAGGCUCGAAACCCAACCCAGCCACCAAACCCACUAUUCACCUUCAGCUACAUCCCACCGCAAUGGGUACGGGGGAAGGCACAGGUCGGACUAUGAAUCCCUGCAAGCGU